AUAAAAUAACUUUAUGGGUCGAAUUAUCAGUGGAACGAAUGUAAUGUCAAAUUAUCUCCCUUAGCGGAAGUUUACAUUUUGUCACAAAUCUAUGAGAAAUUGUAGAAAAUGGGACUUUUCGGCAAAGACAACCAAAAGUCUCCAAAAGACAUGGUGAAUGAAUGGAAUCACAAGUUGAGAAAAGAAGGCUAUGUCCUUGAGAGACAAAUUAAAGCUAUACAGAGAGAGGAAGAAAAGACAAAGAGACAGUUGAAGGAUUCUGCUAAGAAAGGAGAGAAAGCAGCAUGCAGUAUUUUAGCAAAGGAGAUCCUUAAUUCAAGGAAAGCUGUCAACAGAUUAUAUGCCUCCAAAGCACAUCUUAACUCCAUAUCUAUGAACAUGAAAAACCAAUUAGCAACAUUACGUAUAGCAGGUGCUCUAGAGAAGAGUACAGAUGUAAUGAAGUCAAUGCAGGCAUUGAUCAAACUACCUGAAAUACAGAGAACCAUGAUGGAGAUGUCCAAAGAGAUGAUGAAGGCUGGAAUUAUUGAGGAGAUGUUAGAAGAUACAAUGGAAGGGUUAGAAGACUCGGACGAAAUGGAGGAGGCUGCACAGGAAGAAGUUGAUAAAGUCUUAUAUGAAUUAACUGCUGGAGAAUUGGGUAAAGCACCUACUGCUGUAACUGACACAUUACCAGCCAUGAAAGAGCCAGAGGGCGCCACUGCAGCAACUAGUGACGAUGAAGCGGAGGAUCUCAUGGCAAAAUUAGAGGCGUUGCGGAGCUAGCUGAUAUUUAUAUUGUACUUUGUACAUAAACAGAUAUUACAGUGCUAAAUGUGAAAUGAACAUUGGUGUGAUGAUUAGUUAGUGAUAGAACAGGUGUAGUUAUAUGGGUAAUAAAAAUGGAUGUGUAUGUAGCAAAAUUGGUCGUUACAUUGGAGUUACCAUAGUCUUUUAUCUAAGAUACUUCAUCCAUCUUAACUUUGUAAAAAAAUGUGGCAUAUUUUGUAUGCUCUCCAUGUUGAUACAAAGUAAAGAACAAAUUUGAAAAUUUAGUUUUAUCUAUUUGAUUAAGAACAACAUAAAAUCAUAAGUUAUCAUGAUAGUUAUAUGAAAACUAUUAGAAUGAAGUGUAAGAUGCCAAAAGUAUCACAGAACAAAUCAGCUAACAGUGGGGGUAUAACUGUUGGACAGUAUAUUUGUAUAGUCAUUAUGUCUUAAUAUUUUUAUAUUAAGCAGACUUAAGACUGAACUGCCUAGUUAUAAGCAAUCUUAUUUAUGCUUACAUGUUAUUCUAUCAGAUUUAUUUGGCACACUUGUGUACCAGUCAACUAUCAAUAUUUCUGCAUUUUGUUUGGCAUUUCGUAAUAACUUAUUUAUUUUUGAUAAACUUAAUUCUGCUGGUAAGUUAAGAAUUGAGAUUAAAAACAAUUGGUUUCAGCUGUAAGUGAACAACAGUUAGAAAAAUAUAUGUGAUUGUAUGUGACCUAUGUUAUCAUUAAAAAUUGCAAUAUAUUUAUCCUAUUUAAAUAUUUUCUCAAAGAUUCAUGACAAUUUCUGAAUAAUUAGCUUUUGUACAUUGCUGGAAGACUUAAUUAAGCUGACAAUAUUUUAUAUUUUUAGUGAUAUUGUUUUUAUUUUAAACAAAUUCUUAGUUUUAUCAAUAAGUGAUAAUUUUUGUUUGUCAAGUUCUAUCAGUAAGUGAUAUUUUUUCUCAUACAACUCAAUUUGUCCAGUCACAGAAAACUAGAUUCUGUGCUAAUUCAAAAAGCAUUUGGAAAAAUUUUCAUGAAACUUGCAACAUGGAUAAAUCGGAAUAUUGAUAAUAUGACCAUCAUCAUUUACUUUGUUCUUUAACGUUGAGAAUUUUGGUUGCUAUGUCAACAAAUAGAUUUUGAAAUAUGGCAGAAAUUGUGAUACACUUUUGAAGCCAUAUAGAUAUCCAAUGUAAAUUGCUACACAUUUUGAUAUUCAAAAGACCAAUUCACAUGUCAUGCUCCAUAAAUCUGAUAUUUGAUUUCACAAAGUUAUUCUCCUUUUUCACAUUGCAAAUUGUCCAAAUAUCGUCAUUUCCUUGAAUGUUUCUGGAACAUGUUGAAACAUUUGAUUGAGACUUUUUAUAAACUCUAUUGGUGUAAUUAAUAGUUUACACAAUACAGUACUAACUCUUUUACUUAUACAUGUAUUAACAGAAUUGUUUCCCUUUUUACUUACAAAAAAUAGCAAAUUGUUAAUUCCCAGAAAUGUUUCAUCCGUGGAUGCAAGUUUUCAGGCAAUUGUCUGAAAUUCAGGGUUUUUUUACUCUUGAAAGCUCUCUAUUUCUUUAUAAAACCAAUUGAAAUAAUAAGUAUUUCUAACUUGCACCCACAUUCAUCCAUUUACUUUUGAACUUAAACAGAAUCUACAAACCUUUAGUGAAGUCUCACAGAUGACAAAGCAACGUGCAUUUAUUACUCUGCUCUUUAUAUUAAAAAAAAUAGAAUGUUUCUAUUUGUUGUGAAAUAAUUGAAUUUAUAACUUCCACUUAUUAGGCAUGUUAUCUUUUUAUUAUCUGUUAUAUAAAAUUAACCUUCAUCUAUCAUUAACAACAAACAUCAUUUGUAUUGAUUUCAGCUAACUUAUAGUCAAUAUUCGAAUCAUGGCUCUGUUUGGCUUGACAUUGCCAGAUUGAUAGGGGAAUUUUUAUUGCAUGGUAAUUUUCUUACUUGUUUUAUGUACCUGGUAGACAUUGAUUGAUCUGUAAAUGUUUUACAUGUACUUGUGUUAGUCUAUGUGUUGAAUUAUGCACAUUUUAACUUUUUUUCCUCAACAAUUAUAGUCAUUCAGGUCUUCUAUUAUGUCUAGAAUAUACAGUUAUUUUCGUUAUACCAUCUGAGUGUAACAAGAAGGUAAAAUCAAAGUAUCAUGUUGAAUUUUUUUAUGAGUCAGUGUGAUCUCUGAACUACUAAACCACGUCCAUGUAGUAUUCCAACUAUAACUGACACAAUGUUGCGACUAUAUUUUGUUGUCUACAAAACAUGCACAAUUUUUAGGGAUCUACUUUAAUGAGAGGAUGUUCCACUUUGAUGUUUUCUUCUUUCUAUGACUGAAAAAAAAGUGAUAUGUAAGAAUGAUAUAUAUAUGUACGAGCUCGUAUAUUCAGACAUUGGUGACAGUAAUAGUCAGUUUAUAUGUAUAUGGCUAGAAAGGUGAAGGUAAUUGUAUUGCUGUUACAGAGCUCUAUAGAAAAAAAUAACCAGGGUAAAUAUUCAGCCUUACCAGCAAAGUUUAUGUUAUAAACUUGUCUUUUUAAUUAAAGGAUAUCAAGUACUAAAUCAAAUCACAAUGUUAAGUCGAGGGAUAUCAAGUAUUAUAUUGUAGGUAAGACAGUAAGUGUCUGGAUUAUUUACCGGGACAAACUAGCAUGUAUAGUGAAGCAUUUCUGAUAUUGUCAUAGCCAGCACUACAAAAUAAUUUUAAAAAAUUGUGUCGAUUUUAUAGUUUUCUUCUUGAAAUAUAAGAAAGUCAUUGUUUAUACAUGUACAAAUGUUUAAAAUGUUAUUUAUUUGAAAAUAAGGACAUCUUUAGGUAGUUCAUAGGUUGUGUUAACCUUAUCCAGAAUCCACCUCUUUUUGAUAUUAUAUGAUCAUUUUGUUUUAUCUACAUUUUUAGCUCACCUGUCACAAAGUGACAGGGUGAGCUUUUGUGAUCGCUUUUCGUCCGGCCUCCGUCUGGCCAUAAACUUUUACUUUAAAUGACAUCUCCUCAUAAAACACUAAGCCAAUUGCAUCCAAUCUUCACAGGAAUGUUUCUUUGGUGGUCACCUUUAAAAAUUGUUCAAAGAAUUUAAUUCCAUGCAGAACUCUGGUUGCCAUGGCAACCAAAAGAAAAAACUUUAAAUAUCUUCUUUUAAAAAACCCAAAGAGCUAGAGCUUAGAUAUUUAACAUGAAACAUCUUCUAGUGAGUGUCUACCAAGUUUGUUCAAAUAAAAGCCCUAGGGUCAAAAUUGGCCCCGCCCUAGGGGGUCAUUGAUUUUCCCUAUAGGCAUAUAGUAAAAACUUAAAAAAUCUUCUUUUAAAGAACCCAAAGAGCUAGAGCUAAGAUAUUAAGCAUGAAACAUCUUCUAGUAAGUGUCUACAAAGUUUGUUCAAAUAAAAGCCCUAGGGUAAUAACUGGCCCCGCCCCAGGGAUGUCAUUGUUUUUAACUAUAUGUGUAUAGUAAAAAAUUAAAAAAUCUUCUUUUAAAAAACCCAAUGAGCUAGAGCUUAGAUGUUUAGCAUGAAUCAUCUUCUAGUGAGUGUCUACAAAGUUUGUUCAAAUAAAAGGCCUUUGGUCAAAAUUGGCCCCGCCCCAGGGGUCAUUGAUUUUCCUUAUAUGUGUAUAGCAAAAACUUAAAAAUCUUCUUUGAAAAAACCCAAAUAGCUAUAGUUUAGAUAUUAAGCAUGAAACAUCUUCUAGUGAGUGUCUACAAAGUUUGUUCAAAUAAAAGCCCUGGGGUCAAAAUUGGCCCCGCCCCAGGGGUGUCAUUGAUUUUCCUUAUAUGUGUAUAGCAAAAACUUAAAAAUCUUCUAGUUUAGAUAUUUAGCAUGAAACAUCUUCUAGUGAGUGUCUACAAAGUUUGUUCAAAUAAAAGCCCUGGGGUCAAAAUUGGCCCCGCCUCAGGGGUCAUUGGUUUUCCUUAUAUGUGUAUAGUAAAAAAUUAAAAAAUCUUCUUUUAAAAACCCCAAUGAGCUAGAGCUUAGAUAUUAAGCAUGAAACAUCUUAUAGUAAGUGUCUACAAAGUUUGUUCAAAUAAAAGCCCUAGGCUCAAAACUGGCCCCGCCCCAGGGGUGUCAUUGUUUUUAACUUUAUGUUUAUAGUAAAAACUUAAAAAUCUUCUUUUAAAAAAACCAAUGAGCUAGAGCUUAGAUGUUUAGCAUGAAACAUCUUCUAAUGGGUGUCUACCAUGUUUUUUCAAAUAAAUGCCCUUGGGUUAAAAUUGGCCCUGCCAGGGGGGGAGUGGAGAGAAGGUCAUUGUUUUUCAUUAUAUGUGUGUAGUAAAAACUUAACAUCAUGAAACAUCUUCUAAUGGGUGUCUUCCAAGUUUGUUUAAAUAAAAGCCCUGGGGUUUAAACUGGCCCCACUCCGGGGGACUUCAUACAGGUGAGCGACCUCAGGGCCAUCAUGGCCCUUUUGUUGUUAAUGUAGAAAUAUUAGCAUCUUGAAUUUCUUAUAAUCACCAAGGAAUGUGUUUUCAUCACCAGCAUAUGGUAGUUUAUUUUCAGCUUUUGUAAAUAAAUUAUUUCACAAUCUUGUAUAUAAAUAGUCAUCUUUUUAAAUAUUUGAUGAACAACUAGCUUGAUUAUUGUCCUCCAGUAUAUGUUUAUGGUUUACAUUAAUGAUUUUUGAGAAAAAUUCUAUGCAAAAUUUGCAGUUUAAGGAAUUUUUUAAGAAUUUAAAAAGAUCAAAAUAUUUAAAUGGAAAAAUGUGACCUGAAAUUAUGUAAGUCCAUCACAAGUUAUUAUUUUUUCUAAUUUAAGGGUGAAGGUUUUAGCCUUCAACUGCCUAACUUAAAUGGACACUUACUAGGGAUCAGCAAAUGACCUUUAAUUUUGUGAAGAUAGUAAGGUGAAAGUUUAAGGUGACAGUGACCCUGACUUGUAAUAAUUUUAUUAUUUAUGAUCACAGUACUAUAGUAAAUUACACAAAGUAAAAAAUCACAUUGGGUCCUCUUCUGUUAUUGCAUGUCUUUAUUUUUUUCCAUAUUUUGUUUUUGUAUAUAUACUUUCUAAGCUUGAAAUAUUUGUGUAUCAUUGUUGAGUUUUUAU